AUGAAGACCGACUUUAAGUUCUCUAACCUUUUGGGAACGGUCUACCGCAAGGGCAACCUGCUCUUUACUCCCGAUGGCACCUGUUUGCUCUCGCCGGUGGGCAAUCGAGUGACAGUCUUCGAUCUUGUACACAACACUUCCUAUACUCUUCCCUUCUCGCAUCGCACAAAUAUCGAUCACCUCGAUCUAUCACCUAAAGGCAACUUACUGCUGACAGUAGACGAGACUGGCCGAGCAAUUCUAACCAAUUUCCACCGGCGCAUUGCUAUUCAUCACUUCUCUUUCAAGUCGCGCGUUACAGCGUUGAAGUUCUCGCCCUCUGGUCGGCAUUUUGCUGUAGGUGUGGGUAGGCGUCUGCAAAUCUGGCAGACACCCUCAACGCCUGGCACCGAAACCAAUGGCGAAAUUGAGUUCGCCCCCUUCGUGCUUCACCGUGAUCUUGCUGCCCACUUUGAUGUUGUUCGGAAUAUUGAAUGGUCGAGCGAUUCGCGUUUCAUGCUCACUGCUUCGCGGGAUUUGACUGCGCGAGUAUGGAGUUUGGACCCGGAGGAUGGGUUCGAACCAACCACUUUGGCAGGCCAUAGACAGGGUGUCGUUGCCGCAUACUUCGAUGCUAAGCAAGAAGCGAUAUAUACCGUCAGCCAAGAUGGAGCCCUAUUCCGCUGGGAAUUCGCUGCAAAGAUGGACCCAGAGACAGAAGAAGAAAUCGCAGAAGCUCAGUGGAGAAUUGUGAGAAAGGAUUUCUUUAUGCAAAACGACGCCAAAGUUAAUUGUGCUGCCUUCCACGCACCGACUAGUUUACUAGUCGUCGGCUUCUCAAACGGUCUUUUCGGACUGUAUGACUUGCCGGAGUUCAACACGAUCAAUCUUUUGAGUGUCUCUCAGAGCAAUAUUGACGUCGUGACAAUCAAUAAAACUGGUGAAUGGCUAGCUUUCGGAUCGUCCAAGCAUGGCCAGCUGUUGGUGUGGGAAUGGCAGUCCGAAUCCUACAUCUUGAAGCAGCAAGGCCAUCUGGAUUCCAUGAACUCGUUGGUUUACUCCCCCGACGGCCAGAAAAUUGUCACAACUGCCGACGAUGGUAAAGUCAAAGUUUGGGACGUGAAGUCGGGAUUUUGUGUUGUGACCUUCACUGAACACACUAGCGGAGUAACCGCAUGUCAGUUCGCUAAAAAGGGAAGCGUUCUCUUCACAGCUUCCUUGGAUGGUUCGAUCCGUGCCUGGGAUUUGAUUCGCUACCGUAAUUUCCGAACAUUCACUGCGCCAUCUCGACUCUCAUUUUCCUCGCUGGCUGUGGAUCCCAGCGGUGAGGUUGUUUGCGCCGGUUCUCCAGACUCCUUUGAUAUCCAUGUCUGGUCCGUGCAGACUGGCCAAUUGCUAGACCAGCUAUCUGGUCACGAAGGUCCCGUUUCUAGCCUUUCCUUUGCUGCCGAUGGUAACCAUCUUGUCAGCGGCAGCUGGGAUCGCACAGUGCGGAUCUGGAGCAUUUUCGGGCGAACUCAGACUAGCGAACCGCUCCAGCUCAUGUCAGACGUGUUGAGUGUCGCGUUCCGUCCCGAUGGCGAGCAAGUUGCGGCCUCUACUCUUGAUGGCCAGCUUUCAUUCUGGUUGGUCUCCGAUGCUGUCCAGCAAGGAGGCGUGGACGGACGCCGCGAUGUAUCAGGAGGUCGGAAAAUAUCCGAUCGUCGUACCGCAGCAAACGCUGCCGGAACCAAGUCUUUUAACCGUAUCACCUACAGUGCCGAUGGCAGCUGUAUUUUGGCUGGAGGAAACAGCAAAUACAUCUGUUUGUAUGACGUGACUACGGGAUCAUUGAUCAAGAAAUACACCGUCUCCAUGAACCUUUCUCUGGAUGGUACCCAGGAAUUCCUGAACAGCCGUGAUCUCACCGAGGCUGGCCCUCGUGCCCUCAUCGAUGAAACUGGCGAGGCAUCUGAUAAGGAAGAUCGUAUCGACCGCAACCUACCUGGUGCUAAGCGUGGCGAUGCUGGUGUACGUACUACUCGACCCGAAGUCCGAGUGAUGUCGGUUGACUUCGCUCCCACAGGGCGGGCAUUCUGCGCUGCGUCUACCGAGGGCCUUCUCAUCUACAGCCUGGACACUGAAUUUGUCUUUGAUCCCUUCGAUCUGGACAUCACAAUUACCCCGUCCACUAUCCUUGCUACACUCGAUGCCGCGAAGCAAGCGCACAAAACUGGUACUAAUGACGAAGAGAACACAUUCCUAAAAGCCCUGAUCAUGGCUUUCCGCCUCAACGAAUCGAAGUUGCUCCGAGCUGUGUAUGAGGCAAUUCCGCCUUCCGAUAUCCCCCAUGUGGUCCGCGCCGUGCCUACCGUGUACCUCCCUCGCCUACUGCGCUUUGUUGCACAUGCGGCCGACGAGACUCCCCAUCUUGAAUUCAACCUGAUGUGGAUUGAGUCAUUAUUCAGCUGCCAUGGACGGUACUUCAAAGAAAACUCAGGAACAUUUGCACCCGAGCUUCGUGCCGUCCAGCGUGCUGUGGAUGAAAUCCGCGAGAAUCUCAAGCGUCUGACGGAGAAGAACCUCUACGACCUGAACUAUCUUCUGUCAAAGCCCGUUCUGACGGAGAAGAAGCCAGCCACCACAUUAUUAGCCGUGGAAGCUGGUGAUGUGGAGGGAGAUGAUGAGAUGGCCGAUGCUAAUGAUGAUGAGGGCGAGUGGAUCGGCCUGGAAUAA